AUGCGGUUCGGAAAGAAUGGAAAAUUGAGUCCAAGAUAUAUUGGACUGUAUGAAAUCCUUGAGAGGAUCGGAAAGGUAGCAUACCGAUUAGCACUACCUGCGGUGAUGGAUCGAGUACACAAUGUAUUUCAUGUGUCGCAAUUAAGGAAGUACGUAUAUGAUACAUCGCAUGUACUCCAACCUGAGGAGGUGACGUUGGAUGAGAACUUAUCAUAUGAAGAAAAACCGAUAAAAAUAUUGGAUACUAAGACCCGGGAUACCCGCAGAAAAUCUAUAAAGUUGGUGAAAGUAUUAUGGUCAAACCAUUUGGGGGAAGAAGCCACAUGGGAGUUGGAAGAUGAAAUGAGAACGCGAUAUCCUGCACUGUUUGAGCAAGGUAAAAGAGAACCUUUACCUCUUCCCAAAUUGACGCUUCUAUUUCAAUAA